UAACGACUCUAAUGCUGCAAGAAUAAUGUAACAGACUAUAACUUGAUUAAAUAACAUGCUGACCUCUGUCCCAAAAGUCAAGACUCUUUGGGUUCUUAAAUAAAGAGCACCAGUCCAGACCAGGAAGUGAACUUGACUACGCAAACAAAAAUAUUAUUAGAGUUGUGACACAAUGGGUAAACACAAGAAGCAUCAUUAUGGUCAUAAAAGUUCAUCAUCUUCAUCAAGCUCGAGUUCAGACAGUUCAGAUGGCGAAUACAAACAUUUACCUAAACAUGAACGAAAACGUAUGAAGAAACUAAGGAAGCAAAUGAAGAAGGGUAAAAUACCUCCAGGUUCAGUGCCAGGAAUGUACCCAGCAGGUGCUCAUGGUGUUCCACAUGGAAUGCCUCAUGGAGCCCAUGGCAUGCCACAUGGAGCCCCUCAUGGAGCUUACCCUGGCCAGCCAGCCUAUCCACCUGCAGGAGGAUAUCCGACAGGUGUAGCCCCACCUCCAGCGGGGUAUGCAGUCCCUCCAGGAGGACAGAUGUAUCCAGGUCAGGCUCCAGGAUACCCACAGAUGCCACCCAACCCUUCCUACCCAGCAGGUGGUGCAGGAGGUUUUGUUCCCCCUGGAGGUGCACCCCCACCACAGGGUUACCCUGGAGGUGCUUACCCCGGAAGCACUCCAGCACCAGCCCAGCCUGGCUCGGGUAUAACAGUUGGCCAGUAUGACUACACCAAACCUGCUGUGCCUGCUCCAGCAGGACAACCAGGGUAUCCAGGGGCUCAGCCAGGGUAUGCCCCACCACCAGGAGGACAACCAGGAUAUGCCCCACCACCAGGAGGUCAGCCAGGUUAUGCACCACCGCCAGGUCAACCAGGUUAUGCCCCACCACCUGGAGGUCAGCCUGGGUAUGCCCCACCACCUGGAGGUCAGCCAGGGUAUGUCCCACCACCAAGUGGUCAGCCAGGGUAUGCUCCACCACCAGGAGGCCAACCAGGGUAUGCCCCUCCUCCAGGGGGGCCGGUUCCUCCAGGGGGACAACCAGGGCAACCGGGUUUGAGUUCCCAGUUCCAGCAGCUCGGUAUCCAGGGUAACCUUGGCAUGCCUCGUCCUGUAAUUAGACCAGCUCAAAACUUCUCAGCAGAGAAAGAUGCUGAGAUCAUCAGGAAGGCCAUGAAGGGUGCAGGUACAGAUGAGCAGGCUAUUAUCAAUGUGAUUAGUCAGAGGUCAAACCAACAGCGUGUAAACAUUAUGAAUAUGUUUAAAACCAUGUAUGGCAAGGAUUUGAUUAAAGAUUUAGAGUCGGAGCUGAGUGGUGAUUUUCGUGAAACAAUAAUGGCCAUGUUCAGACCUGCAACUUUCUAUGACGCUUGGUCUCUUCACAAUGCCAUCAAGGGUCUGGGAACAAAGGAGGCGGCAUUGAUUGAGAUACUGUGUACAAGGACUAAUGCUGAAAUACGAGAAAUCAACAGCUGCUAUACACAAUAUUACCAGAGAUCUUUGGAGAAGGAUAUUGUGGAUGACACCAGUGGACAUUUCAAACGCCUUCUUGUCUCCUGCUGUCAGGCCAACAGGACAGAGCUGACACCAGACCAAUGGCAGCGUGUCCAGUAUGAGGGACCAGAAGCAGUGAUUGACCGUAAUCUAGCAAGAGAAGAUGCACAGAAACUCUUCCAGGCAGGAGAGAAGAAACUCGGUACAGAUGAGUCAGCAUUUUUGUCUGUCCUUGCUGUGAGACAUUAUUUUCAGUUAAGGGCAACAUUCGAGGAAUAUGUCAAGAUUUCUGGUCGAGAUAUCCUCAGUUCUAUAGACAGGGAGAUGUCAGGGGACCUUAAAGAUGGUUUCAUUGCUGUAGUAAUGAGUGCCAAGAACCGUCCUGAAUAUUUUGCUGACAAGUUGUACUCUGCCAUGAAAGGAGCCGGGACCCAUGAUUCUACACUGAUAAGGAUCAUAGUGUCCAGAUCUGAGAUUGACCUGCAGGAUAUCAAGGAGGCUUAUCUUGCCAAGUACAGGAAGACCCUGGCAACGGCUGUAGCUUCUGAUACCAGCGGAGAUUACAAGAGAAUUCUCCUAGCCAUAGUUGGCCAGUGACCAUGACAACAUGUCAGUUACAGCGGGUGUCAGUACUUGGUACUAGUUAUAGACUUGGGGCACAUGUACUACGACAUCUGACUGUUAUAGGCUAGCAAAUAUCUCAUGAUUUCCCUAUUUGGCCAAUGUUCAUCAAUCAAAUUUUCAUUUUAUAUCUGAGAAAUGCAAUAUUUUUAUGGUAUUACUUUUGUUCAGUGCCAAGGCUAUUAUUCAAAAUUGGCACAAAUAUGAAAAAUUUACAACUAUUUUUAUGAUUGCUGAAUUAUAAACAAAAUAAAAAGAAAUAGAAUAUUGUUUGCAUGCUUUCAACACACUUUCCAUGUUAAAAUCUGAUGAAUUUAAGCCCAGUUGCUUUUCUGCAGCUUUCAUAUAUUACUCUGUUACAUGUAUGCUAGUCUAGAUAAAGCAUUAUAUAAUAUUAGAUGUACAUAUCAAUUGGUUGUAUUAGUAUUCUUUUUUUGACCUGUACACUAUUUUACAUUCUUAUUACUUGUUAUACAUUGUUGUUGUAUAUUGUUGUGUUCAUCCUCAAAACCAGUCAGAAAUUUCUAAAAUUAAGUCUGAUCAGAUAAACUGUUUGGCUGAAUUUUAAAUCCGUCCUAAAUUUAAAGAGCAUUUUGAUGUUGUGUAGUUGUUUUUUAAGCCAAUGUCUGGGCAGUUUGUUGUCAUAAACUCCCAAAGAUUUUUCUUAUUUGUGAAUUUAUAAAAUCAACAGGGCUAUCUGUUUUUGAUUAAACAUAAUGUACUAGGGUAAAAUAAAAAAAAAUUUCGGAAGUGAUAUUUCAUAUGCAAUUACAAACUUGAUCACUGUUCGACACUGUGCACCAUAUAUCAGUUUGUAAAUUAUUUUGAUAUCAUGUUUACAUUUUGUUUUGCUAGUUUUGAACUUACAGACUCAAUAUGCAAAAAACACAUAGCAGCAACUGUAACCAGACAAACCAUAAUUAACUAAUAAUUCAGAUUUGUGUUUGGUGUUUUUGAAUUUUUUUUAGAAACUCCCUGGUUGUCAGUAAUGAAAUUUCACAUUAUGAAAUAAUUUAACUUAAAUAUUUUUCAAAACUUUAUAUCAGCUUGCGCAUGACAUAAACGAGUGUUUUAUACCAGUGCUAUGCAGUUUAUUUUGUCACUAUACAGUGCUUUUUUGUAUACAUGCAUAUUUCUUAAAUCAGAUCUUUGGAGCAUUGUGUAAUAAAUCUACCUUUAUCAGCA